UGAAAUUAUCAAUUUUCAGUUUUGGAAAAUAUGUUUAAUUUAUACAAAUUCUUGACGAUAUAUAACUAGAAUUAUCUAGUUUUUAAAAUGUUUGAAAAACUUUCGUAAAGGAUUAAGUAAGUGACAAUGGACGGUGGUGAUAGAAUACUAGUCGCCGCCGGACUAACCGCGGCUGUUGUUGUGGGGGCCUUCGUAUUAUGGGGUCCAGGGGGAGCUCCACGAGUUCGGAAGCGUCGAGGACAAAUAGCAGGACUUCAAAAUUUAGGAAGGACAUGUUUUCUCAAUACGUUGCUUCAGGCUCUUGCGGCUUGUCCCACUUUUAUUGAAUGGCUUAAAAAGUAUGCGAAGGCCAAUGGCCAUAAUAGUAUGAUCACUACUCUGUACACCGUUAUUGAAGUUGUAAAUGGAACACAUGAGUCAGCUAGAGGUACACCUGUUUGCCCCCUGGGAGUACUGCAAGCACUUCGAGCAGCUGGUUGGGUGGUGCCAGCUGAUCAGCAGGAUGCACAUGAAUUACUACAUGUGUUAUUGUCUUGUAUUGAGGAAGAAACUAUAGUUAUGUCUAAAAAGCCUGGCUGUCUCUCGGAUGCCCUUGGCUUAGGCAAUGGACGUGCAUGGUCUGCGUUGGCGUCUCCCGCGUCUCCGCCCUCAGCCCCGCUCUCAAUUCGGGACGACGGAAUGUCGCGACCGGCUCGACCCGCUUCAGCCGCGCCUCCAGGAGAGCCGGAGUUAGUCGAUCCGGACGAGGCGCCGUCCCCGAUGCGGCUGUCGAAGGGCGUGUCGCGGUCGUUCUGCCACCUCAGCUCGGUGGGGCGCCGCUGGGCCGCCGCCCCCGCGCGCCCCGCGCCCGCGCCACCCACGCGCGGCACGCUCGCGCAGCGCACGCACUGCACCGUGUGCUCCACCAAGAGCCCAGUGAGAUACGACAAGUUCGACAGCAUCACGUUGUCGAUGGCGAGCGCCAGCACCGGCCUCUCCGGCACCUACAGUCUGUCUGGUCUGCUGCGCGCCUUUACCGCUCCCGAGCUGGUGAAGGGUCUGCGCUGCUCCAAGUGCUGCCCCGAGGAGAACUCGGCGGUGCCACAGCACGCGCAAACCAAACACAUCCGAACUGUCACUUUUGGGAAGCUGCCGGCGUGCCUGGUGCUGCAGGUGGCGCGCGUGGAGUGGCGCGGCGGCGGGCCCAGCAAGCGCGCCGAGCACGUGGCGUUCCCCGAGACGCUGUGCAUGGCGCCGUACGCGUCGCGCGCGCGCGAGCCGGCGCCGCCCGCGGCCUUCAGCGCGCUGGCCGCCGCGCCGCCGCCCGACGAGCGCGCCGCCUACCGCCUGGUGGCCGUGGUGGUGCACGUGGGCGGGCCGCGCUCGGGGCACUUCGCCACGUACCGGCGCGGCAACGGCUUCGAGAGCAAGCGCUGGUGGUACACGUCGGACACGCUGGUGCACGAGGUGUCGCUGCAGGAGGUGCUCCGCUGCGCCGCCUACCUGCUGUUCUACGAGCGCGCGCCCCCCCCGCCGCUCACCACGCACUUCUGAGUCGAUACCGUCUCCCUCCCUAUAUGUCGUUAAAUAUAAAGAGUCUAAAUGCUCCGUCAUCCUAGUGAGACAUCUACGAACACUCCGGGACUCCUCGGCGAUCACGUGAGUUGUCAUAGUCGGCUGAAAGUUACAACGCGACAGAUCCGAGUCUAUAUUUAAAUGUGAUUAUUAUGAAGUUUAAUGUUUGUAUAUCUUUUUCAGAAUAUUUAAAUCGGCUGUGUAUUAAAUCGAAAUUUUAUAAAUGUAAAUAGAAAUCAUUAAGUAAUUGCUUAUCUUUGCCCAAAUUGUUGUAAAUAAACUUUUCUUUGGAAUCGGCACAAAAAUCUAUAUUGAAUGAUAUAUUUGCUCUUUUAGGAUUUUUCGUCAAUUUUAUCAUAAUAUCUGAAGUUAUAAACCAAUACACCGGAGCAAAAGUAUGUCUUUUAACAUAUUUAUAUGCUAUACUAUUAACUGAUCACUUCGGAGAAAUAUUUACCCAUUACCAUGUAGGUAAUGGGUAAAUAUUAUACAAAGUUAUUAAGAAGCACCACAUUGAUAAAUCCAAUUUAAAAAAAAAUACCAAUGAUUAUCCCGAGCUUUGACUUGAAUUAUAAUAUUAGAUCAAAAGAGUUGUCAUAAGGCUUUAAGGCCAAAGUGUAUUCAUAAUUCAUAAUAUACCUGUAAUAUAUGCUUGGAGAUUUACUAAUAAUAUAUGUCACUAAUAUAUAACGGUGCUGACUGAUUUAUAAAAAAUUUCUUCCUAGUACCUAUUAAGUUAAAAGGAUAAUUUUGAAAAGUCUACUAUCAGCUUGUCAUUAAGUAUUUUAACCUUUGUGUGACAGAGAUAAAGUAUGGUUUGACUAGAGCCGUCGCACCGUUUUUAUUUUUAAUAAGAGCAUACGUUAGAUUUAAAAAAAAAAAAAAGCAUGUUGUUUCACUCUAUUAUAUUUUCUGACUGCGUUUAGAACAGCUACAUAUCUUAAUGUUUUCUAUUAGAAGUUUGUCUUAAAAAAGUCAAGUCUGGAUUUUUGAUAUGUAUAAGAAUACAACGUCCUUUAUAUUAAUCUACUUAAUAUUUAAACUUUUUACAUGAGCACCGCGCACGCGCAUCUAAUGCUGGGUAUGAAGACAUUCGAAAUUUAAAUAAUGUGUAUAUUAAACUGUUUCUUGUAAAUUUUAAAACUUACUCGUUUUUAUUAACAGAACUGUUCACAGCUUACGAAAAAUUUUUAAUUUUUUUAUAAGGUAUUGAAUAUAAUACUACCAGUAUUAUAUUCUGCUCAAUAUUAUGGCGUCUGUUUAUGUUUUUAUCUUUAUUAUAGUUAGGGCUGUAAAGCAUUGUGCCAUAAGGUAGAUAUUUUGGAUAUUAUUGUCAACAAGACAAUGAGCUGCGAAUUUUGAUAUUUUUGUCUCCUCUAAUUGUUUUAUCCUUUUAAAUAUGUCAUUAAUAGCUGAAGUAGCUGGAAACAAGUAAUAGUAUCUUAUUGAAAAGUUUGUGAAUUAGAACAAAUUAUGGCGCGAUUAAAAUUAGUAUAUUCUCUGUAACAAUAAAUUAAUAAUUUGACUUCAUAAAAAUAACUAUUUUAUAAAAAAAGUCUUUUACAUAAUGAUAUGCAUUUAUUUUAGUCUUUUAUUAUUAUAUGUAAUUUAUAUUUAAACGUUAAUGCUUGUUUUUGUCCGUAUUCUAUGCGUACGCAUUCGUCCGAUUGAGUUGAAAAAGUACAGUCGUGUGCACUUGCGUUAUCGUUUUCUUUCGUCGGCGUUCAAUGAAAGGGGUGCGAGUCGAUUCGGAUACAUUUUCAUACAAAAUCUAGAGGCAAAACAAUUGACGCCUGUAAUGAGGUAGUGUGUACUAAAUAAAAUGUACACAAUUAUUAUUAAGAGAUGGUCGAGUAGAUAAAACAAGAGAGGCCCUAAUAAAAAUCGCGGGUUCAAAAAUGAAUACCACUGAAUUGUAAUAUUGAGUUCUUCUUUUGUUAUCAUGAAAAUGAAUUAAUGAAAUACGUAGAAACUAAUAUACUAGGCGUUUAUUUCCCGCCCACGAUUCUCUCUGGUCUAGGGUACUCUUGGAAGCUUGCCUUAGUUUUGUCUAACUCUACUCAAGAAUCACAAUUGACACUAAAACUGGUUUGUCUUCUUUAAUAGAGGGCUGAGUCAUACAUCGAGGCAAGUAUUCUACUAUGUACGGAAAUGAAUCCUCGAUAACAACUCUCAAAUUUUAAGGUUCAAAACGAAUGCUCCAUGGACGUUUGUCUUUUAGCAUUAAUUGAGAUCCCGAUUCAACAAGUUGAUUAUACCGUUUUUUCGCAACGUUAUAAAGUUCAGCCUCCAGAGCGUAGAACUGCGGCUGUCGUCGCGAACAUUGCCUACUCUGUGUAUAUCUCUGGUAUAUUCAUAUUGCGCAAACAAGAUUUGCUUCAUUGCACUUCAAAAUAGCAAUAGGCCAUUAUUCUUCUCGAUAUUGACUGGCUUAAGCUUAACAUUAUAAGAUUUCGUUAAAUAGAAACUUUUAUCGUCAGUUCAUUAAUUUGAAAUUUUAAAUCGAUUUAUAGUAGAGUUAUUAGUUAUAGUAAAUGUUUAAAAAUUGACUUUGUUGUUUUUGCUUCAGGUGUUAAAAUAUUGAGGAUCUAUGUAACGUUUAAUAGUGAAAUUAUUUUAAAAUGGGCACUUCGAAUUGACAGUAAUAUUAAAAUUAUAUACAAAAAGCUAUUAUUUCAGUGCUACCUGUGUAAUAAAAAAUAAACAUUUGACUAUUACUUUGUUUAUUACGGGUAUUUUAUGCAUAUUUUUUUUAAUGGUAUUGAAAUUCAUAUUUAAAGAAUGAAAUUGAUUAACAAUUUUUUUUUUAAUUCCUUUCAUGUUUUCUCUUUGUACGUACUACAUUAAGAUUUGUAAAGAACUGUAGGUUUAUCCUUGAUUGUUUUAGGAAUGUAUUGUUAGGUAGUUGAUAGUUUUUUUUAAUGUUUUAAUGUAAUAAUUUAUACUUUUAAUCUAUUUGUUUUGUCAUAACAAUCAUGUGCUAUGAUUAAUUUAUCUGUCCCUUUGUUGUACUUAUUACUUACCAUCCAUUUAGUUAUGUACAAUAAGGUUUGAAUACGUUUACACAGUGCAAGCGAGUAGAUGCAUACCUAUCUAUCUCUAACAACAAUAAAUCUUAACUAGCUUAGUCUGCCAAUACCAUUCCUUUUUUCUUUAGUGGUAUAUUGAUUAUUGAACAGUUGGUUUAUUUUGCAAGCUUUUUUUUUGCAAAAAUUAAGAUAAUAGAACGAACAUUUCAUUAGAUCUUUCUCAAAUUAAUUAUAUAUUAUUUGAUAGUAAUUGAAAAAUUAUUACAAUCAGGCACUUUUUAUUUAUUAUUUGUACAAAAAUUGUGACAGAUACUUUAGUGGAAUUUUUGUUCCUAUUUUGUUUAUGGAUGAGAAUGGUUCGGUGCGUUGAUGAAACUUGUGUGUCAAUGUAGAUAGGACUAUUGGAUCUAAUUUUAAUUUACAAAUAAAUGUAAAACGAAAAUGUG